UCCCGAAUGGCUGCGACACUGAUCCUGGAGCCCGCGGGCGGCUGCCACUGGGACGAGCCGGUGCACAUCGCGGUGCGCGGCCUGGCCCCCGAACAGCCGGUCACGCUGCGCGCGUCCCUGCGCGACGAGAAGGGCGCGCUCUUCCAGGCCCACGCGCGCUACCGCGCGGACGCGGACGGCGAGCUGGACCUGGCGCGCGCGCCCGCGCUGGGCGGCAGCUUCGCGGGCCUGGAGCCCAUGGGGCUGAUCUGGGCCAUGGAGCCUGAUAAGCCGUUUUGGCGCCUGGUGAAGCGGGACGUGCAGACGCCCUUUGUGGUGGAGCUGGAGGUGUUGGACGGCCACGAGCCCGACGCCGGGCAGCAGCUGGCCCGAGCGCUGCACGAGCGCCACUUCAUGCCGCCCGGGGUGCGGCGGGUGCCGGUGCGCGAGGGCAAAGUGCGGGCCACGCUCUUCCUACCUCCAGAACCUGGGCUCUAUCCUGGGAUUGUGGACCUGUUUGGACUUGGAGGUGGCCUUCUGGAAUACCGAGCUAGUCUGCUGGCUGGCAAGGGUUUUGCUGUAAUGGCUCUGGCUUAUUAUGGCUAUGAUGACCUUCCCCGGAGCCUAGAGACUGUGCACCUGGAGUACUUUGAGGAAGCUGUGAACUACCUGCUCCAUCACCCUGAGGUAAAGGGUCCAGGGAUUGGGCUG